UCAUGAACGAAGCGUCGUCUUUCUGGGAGGACGCUGUGUUUGUCGAACGUGAUGAAGUUCAUGAGCACAAUGAAGAAAACAUAAUCGCUCAGGAUGACGAUACGAUCGCCUCAAUACGCUCCUGGCUCCAACCGACCGACUUCAACAGCGAAGGGAGCGAGUAUCAAAAACACUUGUUGUCCCAUCUUUCAGGCACGGGAGCAUGGGUGUCAGCGUCGUCGAUCUACCAACAAUGGCAUGAGAGCAGCAAGCAUGGGCUACUCUGGGUGCGGGGUAUUCCCGGCUCAGGCAAAUCAGUCCUUGCGGCAAAAGCGGUCCAUAACUUGUUGCAAGAGCGGGCUCCAGUACUAUACUUCUUUUUCCGGCAGAUCGUGGACGCCAACCACAGACCUCGAGCUGCUUUGCAGGAUUGGUUGACACAAGUGCUUCCAUACAGUCCGCCUUUGCAACUUCAGCUCAAGACCUAUAUCGAUGACUCUGGUGGCCAAUUGUGUAGGCUUGACAGCGUUUCCAUGUCCGAUCUCUGGCAGCAUCUACGCACAGCUCUGGCGCAUAUGAGCAAAGCCUAUUUGGUCGUAGAUGCACUUGAUGAGAUGGAUCAGGGACCCGAAGCAGAUGCUUUCGUACAAUCCUUGUCGGACUUAGCCCGCUGGAGACCAUCUCAAGUCAAGGUUCUCAUGACCAGUCGCCCCGUGGCAAAUGUCAAGCGGUCGCUAUCAGGGACUGCUAUUCUCAGACUCAAAAUGGACGAAGGGAAUGUUGAUCGGGAUAUCAGCGCAUACGUACGAGCUAGACUCGAGCAUUCAGAAAUUCCCCUUGAAUAUUAUUCUCCGAUCCAAGCCGCGGUACCCGGUAGGGCCAAGGGCCUGUUUCUUUAUGCAAAGCUCGCAAUGGAUGCUUUGCUCAAGGACGGCGUCGAUAUCAGCCAGGCACUGGGUGAGAUACCAGAGAACCUCAGCCAAAUGUAUACACAACUCCUCAGCCAACACGCAGCAAGAUCCGGUGUUUCAGUGGACGAGCAACAGCUUAUUUUGAAAUGGAUGACGCAUUCUGUUAGAUCGUUGCGACUUAUCGAACUGGCCGACGUCCUCAGCCACCAACACACAUUGAUCGAUAGGAACCUCGGAGCAGCAAAAGGCAUACUUCGCUUGGCUUGUGGGUCGCUUUUGGAGCUACUACCCGAUGAGACACUAUGUGUCGUCCAUCAUUCGUUGACCGAGUUUCUGAGAGGUGAGGUACGGACGGGAAUGGAGGAGUACCCUAUCCUAGAACCUCUGACCACGCAUCACCAGCUGGCUCUGAUGUGUCUUUCAUACCUCCAGAAUGGCUGUCUGCAAGACGGUGAGCCGCAGCCACCCUCACGUCAUAAUCCGUUUGCCCCGGCUCCUGCCAAACCUCUCUUAGCUCCGUUCGCUAAGUACGCAGCUGUGAACUGGAGUACGCAUGUUCUUCAAUCUGGUGAGGACGGCGUGGCAGAAAUGAACAGCGCACUCGAUAAAUUCACCACACAUACUCAUUUCCAGACUUGGGCUCACGUAGCUGGGUUGCGAAAAGACGCCAGAGACGUGACCACGCCCAUAUCUAUGGCAAUCGGUUUGGGUCUUUCGGAUUAUUUAAGACACCUCCUCGAAAGAUCUGAUGUCCAUGUGAAUGAAGGCGCGCCAAUUGUGUCGGCUGCUGCGAGAGGUUUCACUGACGUUGUGGACCUGCUCGUGAAAAGUGGUGCAAAUGUAGACCAGUACGACGCUGGAGGCUAUACCGCUCUUCAUCGCGCUGCGAUGAACAAUCAUCCGGCGAUCAUGACUCUACUACUACAGGCAGGCUGUAACAUUGAUCUGGCAACUACGACACGCAGCAUGGAUUCUGGUUUCUCACACCGCCAAUGCCGAGCAUCAUGGUUUGCAUGCGACCGCGGUCACAUCGAAGCGCUUGCAGAGCUACAGAAGUGUAUGACAACAUUGGAUCAAGUCGGGUACGCUUUGAGGGUUUCUGUUGAACGCAAGCGUACAUACUUGGUACGACAGCUGCUGGAACAUCGCUUGAUGAACUCGAACCCACACGAGAAUCUCAGAGAAUCAUCUGAGGCAGAUGGUGGUACUCUCGAAGAGAGACGGAAUGCUCUCCUGGUACUGGCGUGCGACAACCGCGACUUGGACACCAUCGAGCUCCUACUCGCUGCCGGUGCGGAUGCAAAUGCAAGGGCCUUGCAUGCCCUGGCCCGCUCGAAAGCGAGAGUCGAUCCAGAAACUGCGACGCAAUGCUUCGCGAUGAUCAUAGGAGCGGGUGUGGACCUUAAUGCUCCAGACUACGGCAGUAACAGUCCGCUACACUACGCCGCGGACGCUAUCGCAGCCAAAAUGUUGUUGGAAGCAGGAGCUGACAUUGAGUCACACGGUCAAGAUGAAGAAACUCCCGUGUUCACAUGUGCCAGUGUCGAGGUCUUGAAGGUGUUGGUAGAAGUCGGUGGUGCCAAUCUGGAGAAAAGAAACAGGGACGGCAGAACCCCGCUUCUAGCAUCCAUGUACAGGAGUCUCUCAACCCGGAAAGACGAAAAGGCUAUACUGGCACUAAUCGACCUUGGAGCGGAUGCGAGUGCCGUGGACAAUGAAGGUAACGGCGUGUUCCACUACGCAAUCAAGGAGUUCAGUUCCGAAUUUCCGCAAGGUCUCAUCGAACGAUUCUGUGCAGCAGGUGCAGACAUCAAUCGAGUGAACAACCUUGGCGAGGCUCCAAUUCAUCUUACAAAGAUUGAGAUACGAAAGGGUUUUGGCGUCGGAGAUUUUCCAAUCCCCAGAAGGACGCCUCAGUUCGAAACAUUGGUCGCCGCAGGCGCACGCCUUGCAACUACCGCGGCAGAUGUCAGCAAAGAUCCACUGUUCAAAUGGAUCAGCAAUUCGAUCUGCGAUGCUCACGAUUCGCACCUGGCCGAUGUGAAGGAAACCUUGAUCAAAUACGGGGCUACUCUGGAUGUCGUUGAUGACGAAGGAAGGACUCUUCUUCAUGCUGCAGUCACAGACACCAGACACAAGGCGCACAUGAUUUUCCUGCUCGAGCAAGGACUUGACCCUCAGGCAGUCGAUUACAAAGGCAACACUCUCUGGCACGAAGCGGCCUCGCAUCUAGCCGGCAUUUCAUAUACGCCACAAGAUAAGCCCGCGGAGCCCUUCGAGCAGCUGACGCAGAUGGACAUCAAUCCGAUGCAGCCCAACCAUCUAGGCCGCAUUCCAUUACAUAUUCUCAGUGCUCUUUGGCCAUGUGCAAUACAUGAUUUUAAGAGGUCAUCGAGAGCCGUCAUCGGCGCGGGUCAUGCAGAAGUGGAGACGGCGUUCGAUAUGAUGCUAUCUUUGUCUCCGGAGGUUGACAUAGUAGACAAAGAGGGUGUGACACCUCUCCAUCUAGCUUCUACCCUUUCCGAGUUUCUUGUUGGCAGGCUACUAUCAAGGGGCGCUGACCCAUCUCGCGUUACCAAGGAAGGCUGCAACGUCAUUCACCUUGCAGCUCGAGCCGCAAAGCCAAAUAUUGUGGGGAUGCUGCUUGCAGUGUUGCGAUCCAAGUCCAUUUCGGCCCUCGUAUCUGCCGCGAAUGCUAGAGAUCAUCUUGGACGAUCGCCUCUGUAUUACGCUUGCCUAGCGGGAUCAUACGAGUCUGCUCAAUUCCUGGUAGAGGCAGGAGCCACCGUCGACAUUGAAGACUACUCGACCUCCCCAUGGAGAGCCAUCGCGAGGUUUGAGGUGCAGUCCUUGAACUACAGCAGCCGAUCCGGCGACAAAAAGGUGGGUUCUGUGUUGAUCGCUCACGAUGGCGAGUCCGCGGAUAAGCGCAUCAUGUACUUUGGCAAGGAAAGGCUUGAUGAACUCGUGGCUCUUCUUCUUGCUAACUCCAUGGGUUCAAUGUCAAUCAUAGACCAGUCCAUUCUUGAUGCAGCAUCGUUCGACGCAGACUACACAGUCGAGCGUCUGCUUGAAGCCAGAAACGCAGCGCACCUUGGCGAGUACAACGCAGUGGAUGGGCAGGUCACUGCAAGUAUCGCGAGAAUACGGGUAAAGCGCGAGGAUCUUGGGAAGCCAUGCAAGAAUUGCUCGAAGGCGCACUACAAAUCACCCCUUCAAGCCGCCAUGAUUCUGAACGAUCAUCGAUCGCUACCGGACGCCUUGGUAGCUGAAGAAGAUAAAAGCUAUCAGCAAUCAACUCUUCGAAAUCUGGUAUCCAGCGGAAAUGCAUCGGCUAUACGCCAUGUUGUGAAGCUUCAUGGGCCACAAGUUCUCGAUGAUCGAUCUUGGGGUCAGCAGGAUAACGUGCAACGGCGUCAUUCAUACCAGAGACCAGAAGACGUCGAGCCUUUGCUCCUCAAGGCCUGCAGAGGUGCAGUACCGCAUCUCGACACGAUACGAGUUCUUGUUGAACAAGCUCAGCAUAAUAUAAAUAUUCAGCAACAAGCCACGAAGAAAAAAGAAGCCUACUACUCGGGUUUGACAGAUUCUGGAGGCUACGUCGAGGGCGAAUGUGCUCUGCACGCCCUCGUACGUGGUGAGCAUUGGUGGCAUGUCAACCAAGGCUUGCGCUACUUCUUGGAGCGCGGUGCAGAUACAGAGCUUCGAGAUGUCCACGGCAUGACACCCUUGAAUGCUGCCCUCAAUCGUUGUGGUUGGCUCAUCUUCGACAGAACUGCAGUCAAGCUUCUCGUCCAGCACGGCGCGGACGUCAACACCGUGGAUCGAAUGGGUCACUCGUGUCUCGCCAAAGCCUGCUCUGAUCCGGAAAUGGCCAGGCUGCUACUAGACCGCGGCGCAGUCGUUACUCAGAGAGUACUUAUCCAAGCCAUUGAGCUGAUGGACCCAGACUUACUCACACUACUUCUCUCGCGUGGCGGGGAUCCAAAUAUCCGCGGAGAAUCCGAACGGGCACACUCGAUCUCAUCAAAUGGGCGUUAUCCUUUGCACCAUGCAAUCGUGGAGAUGAACAACCGGCAUCAUAGCAACAAAGCAGACCAAGAAAAGUUUAGGAGCAUGAUAACCGUACUGCUCGACCACGGUGCAAAUCCGAGUGCAGCAUACGACUCCACAACCAUCCUGCACGAGCUUCUGCGUGGGAACGAAGCCCUCGAUCAAUUGUUCACAUUAUCCAAGAGUAAAUUCAAUAUCAACGUCCGAAACGCGGCAGGAGAAACGCCUCUGCAUCUGGCAUGCCAAGGAAGAAGUCUACGUCGACGUUCAAGUGACAGCGACAAGCCGAGCACACUCAGAUUGCUCAUCUCCCACGGCGCAGACAUCCGCUCCCAGGAUAAUGAGGGAAAUACCAUAUGGCACAUCUUCAGCAAAACAGGCUCCUACGGUUACUCAAACGUGGACCUCCAGUCUCUGUUCGAAAGCGCGCCCAAUCUUAUCAAUACUCCGAACAAGGCAGGCGUAACACCACUGCACGCAGCCAUAAGCCACAUUUCACGGUCGCCAAUACUGAACUUCCUCCUCGAUAAUGGAGGCAACCUGCAUGCCCUAGACAGGAAGGGAAACUCGCUGCUGCACUGCCUUCUCCGCAACGACUGGACGGUACAUAAUUCCCGCAAGGUCAAAGGUAUAUCACUUCCAUUCUUCACCCGCCUUCUGGCCGCAGGCUUGGAUGUGAACCACAGAAACGAAGAGGGCGAGACGCCCGUGUUUAAUUUCUUCCGGCACAGCAAGGUUGGGCCUUGUAACUGUGGCAGGCAGGACCUCUUCGCGACGCGGAAAGCGAAAGUGCAAGCGAAAGCCAAAGAGCAGCCGGGGGUGGAAGAGCAGCCAAAGGCUAGAGGUCACGAGAAUGCAGAGACCCCCGCCUCACCUCGCUACACUUUGCUCGAUCAGUAUGUGUACGACAUCUUCACCCGCGCAGGUGUAGACUGGCACGCUGAAAGCGCAAGAAAGCAGAACGUACUGCAUAUCAUCGCGGGCCUCGCGAAGCCGGAAAAUGAUAAACGGCUUCGGGAUUUGGGGCAGGGUGGUCUUGCUGCGAAGUUCAAGGCCUUGAUGGAUAUGGGGGUGAAUGCAGGGUUGGAGGAUGUGGAAGGCAGAACACCUGUAGAUGUUGCGGCUGAGCUAGGCUACAAGGACAUACUGGAACUGUUUCAGGAGGGGUAAGAGAAUGUUGGUAGCUCGGGGUUAGGCCUGAGUGAAGGCUUAGCGGGGUGGAAGAAGUAAGAGUAAGUAGUUCAAGUACAAAAGUAUCAAAUGAGUAGAUAAAGUAGCUCGUCGAUCGCUACGAGAUGCUCUUGCUUCUUUCCAAUGAGUA